GCAAGUACACCCAAUGGCCACUUUAUUAGGUACACCUGCUUCUUAUUGCAAGUAUCUAAUCAGCUAAAGAUGUGGCAACAGCUCAUUGCAUAUAAGCAGGCAUAGUCAAGAGGUACAGUAGUUGUUCAGACUGCCCCGUGGAAUAAUUGUUAGUUCCAGACAGGGUGGCUUAAAUCCCUUAGAAACGGCUGAUCUCCUGGGAUUUUCGUACACAACAGUCUCAAAUGUUUGCAGAGAAUGGUGCAUUAAGUAAAAAGAAAAAUCCAUUAAGUGGCAGUUCUGUUUGUGAGAACACGUUGUUAAUGAGAGAGGUCAGAGGGGAAUGGCCAGACUGGUUCAAGGUUGGCAGGAAGGCUACAGGAACUCAAAUAACUACGUGUUACAUCAUCAGUAUGCAAAGGAGCAACUCUGAAUGCCCAAAACUUAGCACAUUGAAGUAAUGGGCUAUAGCAGCAGAAAACCAUAAGAAUAUACUCAGUGCGCAGAGUGCAUGUAGCCAUAAACUACCUUGAGAUUCAUUUCCUUGCAGACAUUUACAGGGUAAAGAAAUACAAAAGAAUGUUCACAAAAAAAACUAUACAUACAGACAAGUCCUGAUGAAGGGUUUCGGCCCAAAAUGUCAACUGUACUGUUCUCCACAGAUGCUGCCUGGCCUGCUGAGUUCCUCCAGCAUUUUGUGCGUGUUGUUUACAUAAACAAAGACUGAUAACACCAAUGGCAAAAGACAACUGUGCAAAUAAAAAUAAUGAGAACAUGAGGGAUUUUAAGGCAGUUGUUUCCCUAACAUCUUUGGUCUGCAUCCCAUCACUGACAUUCCUCCGGUCUUGAAAAUUAGAAUAGAACUGCAGAUACUGGAAAUCUGAAAUAAACUGAAACAAAAUGUUUGAAACACCCAGGUGGUCAGACAGCGCCUGUGUAAACGUCCGGGAUACUUUAAAGGAAUUUUCAGCAUUUUCUUGAUUCCCCAAUUCUCUCCACUUUUUCCUUGUCUCCAGCUUAAAACCCAUUCUUACAGCGAGUCUUUGCCCCAAACUGUCCACUGCGGUCGUACGCCACGGAUGCUCCCAUCACUUUGUUCCUGAUUCGGAUUUUCAGCAUCUGCAGGAUUUUAGUCCUGAGUUCGUACGUCACCCCUUUCAGAAUUAAAAACCACAACUCCCAUGACGCGUUUCUCCACCACGCAUGCUCGUUGCCUUCAAGGGCCUAGCAGAACUAGGAGCGCUGGACCCCGUGCUCGAGUGAGCCGGCCAGUCGGGGUGAAACAGAGGCUGUCAGGAGGAAUUUCGCCUCUGUCUUUCCUGCAAGACCUAAGUGGCAGUUUAAAGAAGCCAGAGAUGAUGAACAACUCUUCUCAAUUUCCCGCGCCCAGUUCUCAGCAGCGCGUCUCGGCGGCGACAACGACGUCGGGCAGGAACAAGGUACGACUUAAGCCGGGUCGAAGUCUAAUGGAUUGGAUCCGUCUGAUAAAGAGUGGGAAGGACAUGACGGGGUUGAAAGGAAGGUUUAUUGAAGUUACACCAGAAGAGCUUGCAAAACAUAACACGAAGACUGAUUGCUGGAUAUGUAUCAGAGGCCUGGUUUAUAAUGUGACCUCCUAUUUGGAGUAUCACCCCGGAGGAGAAGAGGAGCUUAUGAAAGGUGCUGGAGCUGAUGCAACAGAAUUAUUUGAUCAGAUUCACAGCUGGGUCAACUAUAAUUCUAUGCUGAAGGAAUGCCUUGUAGGAAGAAUGUCUUCCAAGCCUAUUUAUGCUGCUAAAGUUUCUGUGAAACAACCAGGUUUAACAGUGCAGAAGGAGACAUUACUAAAUGGUGCAACUGUUACAGAUGGUUCGGAAAAACGACCUCGAGAUAUUUCCCCAAGAUAUGAAUGGUUUCAGACAGAGGAUACGAUCACAAUUGUCAUAUACACCAAACAAAAGGACAUCAACUCAGAUUCUGUGAUUGUUGACUUGGAAGCUAGUGUUCUUAGGACAGAAGUUCAUCAAGGAGAACAUUCUUAUAUCCUUCAUUUGGAACUGAGCCAUGAAGUAGUACAAGAGGUAGCACCUGUACGCUGUAGCAACAAAGUGGGGAAAAUUGAACUGCACUUGAAAAAAGUUAAUAAUACAGUAUGGAAUGAUCUUGGACAGCCUCGAGAACACCAUAACACAUAUGAAAAGAAUGCUAACAGGGAUCUUUUCUACCGGAAAUGCAAUCUGAUCUCCAAGGUGGAUGUCUCGCACAAUACCAGACUGUUCUGCUUUCAGCUACCCCCCGGAUGUCAUCUGACUGUACCUGUUGGACAACAUGUGUAUCUUAAGAGCCGCAUUCAAGAUGUAGAAGUCGUCAGGCCCUAUACCUCUGUAUUGCCAGCCUUGUAUUCAGAACCAAAGAAUGACGAUCAGAGCUAUGCGAAUAUCUACUUAAUGAUCAAAAUUUAUCCCGAUGGAUUGCUGACACCAAUUAUUGACAAGCUUCAAAUUGGUGAUUCUGUGUCCUUGAGUAGCCCAGGCGGCAACUUCAAAUGCACUCAACUUAAUGGAAUAACUGAGCUUAUCCUUUUGGCUGCUGGUACAGGGUUCACUCCAAUGAUUAAACUUAUAGGCUUUGCCUUGAAGAUUUCGUAUUUCAGAAAAAUCCUGUUGCUGUUCUUUAACAAGGAAGAAAAGGAUAUUUUGUGGAAGGAUCAAUUGGACAAUUUAACCUCAAAAGACAAAAGGUUUCAGGUUGAAUAUAUUCUAUCAGAGCCUCACUCUGAAUGGACAGGAAAACGGGGCAAGAUUGAAAUGUCUCUCUGUUCGGAACUUGUGGCAAGGCGAACUGAAGAGGGAAAAAGCCUCGUGUGUGUUUGUGGACCAACUUCCUUCACUGAGCAAGUUGUCCGCUUCUGCACAGAAUUAGGAAUUACCAAUGAAGAGAUUCAUGCUUUCACUGCAUAACAGUUCCAAAAAAAAUCAACAGGAAAGCUGUUUUGCUGUCAACUAAAGACAACAUGCCAAUUGGAUUAUACUGAAAAUGGUUUAUAUAAUAUUUUUAAUACUGCUAUGCAUAACUCCUACCUUUGUUUAAAACUAUGGAUGUAUUUAAUUAUUCUAAAUACAUUUUUAAAAAUUAACUUGCACAUGUAAUUUAUGUUCUUGAGAAUGAUCUGAUUAUACCAAGUGAAAACUCUUUAAAGGAUGAUAUGGUGUUGACUGUGCUUAUGUUUUCAGUAAAAAUAGAACUGAAAUAUAAUAUGGUGAUGCAAUACUAUGUGACCUCAGACAUCUUCCUGCUGUAUCUGGAGAAGGUGAAGUCUGCCUUCUGUACAUUUUAAUUUGUGAAUGACUUAGACGGAGCCUUUGAGCUAUGGCAGACUCUGCACUGAUAGCAAAUAUUGUCAGCUCUACAGAGAGCAAUAUAUUAUCACUGGAAAAUUUAUAUACUUUUUCUUUAAAAAAAAAGGUUAUUAAAACUCUUAUGCAGAAGUGAAUAGUAUGAUCUGUUAUAUCCAAUAUUUUCUACAGUGG